CUUGAGCCGGCGCAAUGGCCACCUCCGCUGCCUCCAUUCGCGUCCUCCUGCUCCUCGCCGCGGUCCUCCUGCCCGGGACGCUGGCGUGGAGCAACUGCCCCCCGCCGGCGCCAGGCGGGGGUGGCGGGCACGGCCCCGGCCGCCCGUGGUACCCGGCGCCGGGGAGUGGCUCUGGCUCGCCAACGAGGCCUUCCCCCGGCUCCGGCUCAGGCGGCGGCCACGGCUCGCCGCCCCACCACGGCAAGCCGCCCAAGCACCACGGCAAGCCGCCCUCCAACUGCCCGCCCUGCAACCCGCCGUACUCCCCUCCGACGCCUCGGCCGUCGCCGCCCUACGUGCCGCCGUACACCCCUCCGACGCCGCGGCCGUCCCCGCCCUACGUGCCGCCGUACACCCCUCCGACGCCGCGGCCGUCCCCGCCCUACGUGCCGCCGUACACCCCUCCGACGCCGCGGCCGUCCCCGCCCUACGUCCCCCCGUACACCCCUCCGACGCCGCGGCCGUCUCCGCCGUACGUGCCGCCGACGCCGCCCUACAUCCCGCCGUACGUGCCGCCGUCGCCGCCCUACAUCCCGCCAACCCCGCCGUACGUGCCGCCGACGCCACCCUACGUCCCGCCGACCCCGCCGUACGUGCCUCCGACCCCGCCGACGCCGCCGGCGGUGCGGACGUGCCCGAUCGACGCGCUGAAGCUGAACGCGUGCGUGGACGUGCUGAGCGGGCUGAUCCACCUGGUGAUCGGGCGGGAGGCCAAGUCCAAGUGCUGCCCGCUGGUGCAGGGGGUCGCGGACCUGGACGCGGCGCUCUGCCUCUGCACCACCAUCCGCGCGCGCCUGCUCAACAUCAACAUCUACCUCCCCGUCGCGCUCGAGCUGCUCAUCACCUGCGGCAAGCACGCGCCGCCGGGAUUCAAGUGCCCGCCACUCUACGACUGAUGAGCUAGGGAGAUAGAUCACCGGCCGGCUACGCCUACUGGCAUGAUGAUGGGAUCAUGCGCAAGCUAGCAGCGUGUCUACAACUCUGUGUCGUCGUGAUUUCUUUUGGUGUUCUUGAGCAGUAGUAUGUGCGUUUCGUCAGGACUCGGAAUCGAAAACUUUUCGAUCUCCUAAGUGUGUAGCUUAAUCAGUCGAUGCAUGUAUCAUGUCGCUCUUGUCUUCUGGCGACAUGCAGCGGCAAGUAUUGGGUUCAUUUCAAUAGCCAUAUAUCAUUGUGCCUAA